AUGAACGACCAGCAUGACGAGCAGAAACUUUUGUACCAAGAACUUCCGUUCCGAGCGCCGCCGGGGAUGCGGCGGCGGUCGUUCCAGCGAGCGCGAGUUCCCGCAACUCCGGACUCGCAGCUCCUGGGCAAAUCUGUCGCGACUGGUCAAAAGAUCAAACCGCUGCUUGAAGAGGAACCAGACGAGAGGCUCGAGCCAGGUUACACGUACCCGUUGCUCCACCUCGACAUGUACAUGCUGAUCCUCGGCCGCUUUCUUGUCGGUAUUGCCUCAGGUGCAGCAACCAUCCUCGUGCCACUUAUCUCGGUGAGCCUGCACCUCCAAAUCUUCGGGGUGCUUUGGCACGACCUACCAAGUUGCAAUGGUGCUUGGUAUUCUCGUGAGGAUCUCCUGGCGUUCGGCUUUGCAGGGGAAAGUGACAGCUUGACACGUCCUGGAUGGCGUCUCAUGUUUGGCUUCACGGGACUUCUGGGACUCUUGCAACUCGAUGCAGAGGAGACGUUGCGAAAUCUACGUCAGUUGGACAAUGUCGGGGAAGAGAUGGACAGCAUCUCGGCGGCAAGCACGAGCGAAUCGGGCAAUGUCCAGAGUAUUGGCGACGUCCUGCGUGACCCGGAGCAUCCGCUUGCCUUCUCCUCGUCGCUGUCGUCUUGCAAUUUGGACAGCAGCUGA